CGCAUGCUCAGUCCCAUGGCUGCGUGUGGCUCCGUUGACAUUUAAGCAGAGAGCAAUCAGCGUUGUUGUACGUUGGGGAGGGAAAAAAAGCGUUUCAUUCGGGAUAAAUCAGUCUUGUAAGAGCCGUUUAUUGUCGAACUAGUGUUUUUUUUUCGUUUGUUUGUUUUUUUCCCCUCGAAAAUAGUGAACGAAGGCGUAAUCCGUCGUUCGGUUUCAUUUGCUUGCAAGUUUGCAAUGCUAGUAAUCGUGCUAGUUUGAGAUAUUGCUCAGACCAAACCAGUUCGAUCGUUAGCUUCCUUCCAUGCCUUUCCACAAUCCCGUUUGCCUGGCACCGAUUGUGGUUAGCUCGCGUAUUUAUUUUCCCGAGCGAAAUAAUGUAAGUCCUUCUUCUGCGCAUAAUGGACAGAGACUUGUUGAGGCAGUGUCUGACGUAUCACGGAGAGUCCUUGUUCAGCACAUUAAAAUGUGAACAGACUGAGAAUCCCGACUUUCAAGCCGUGGUGGCUGACCUGUGUAAGGCUCCGUAUGAGGGAAAUGGCGAAGAGCAGAGCAGCCCCCUUGUGGAGCAGUUCAUUGCUCGGAAGGCUGACAUUCUUUUCAGUCCAUCGUGGAAGACUGCGACUCCGAAAGAAGAAGAACAACCCCGACAGGAGGAAGCCGCAGAGGCUUAUGCUGCCAUGCCCCCCCUGGAGUUAUUCAUGGAGGUGCCUUUCGAGGAGAGAAGGGCCAUGCUUUACCGGGAUUUAGAACGAGGCGACAUCGUGGUGGGAAGGAUCAACAACGUUCGCGAAUAUGGCUUCUUUCUUACGCUCAUUUGCACGGCGGGCGGGCUGAACAGAGACAUCGAAGACUUGGAGUUAUCGGCUCUUUGUCACAUUAAAGAAAUCCCCUCAGCCGGCAGCCACGACGAUCCUUUGUCCUACUACCAGAUUGGGGACUUGAUCAGAGCCCUUGUGAAAGAUAUCGACCGCUACCAGGAAAAAAUAACCGUCUCCCUCCUGCAAGCAUCCAUUUCUGGCCGAUCCGAGUGCAUCCAACUCGGAGUCGUGACCAGGGAGGAGCUGCCCGUGCAAUACGAUCGUAGUGUUUGCGCAGCCAGCGACUUCAGCAAGACGUACGAGCGCAUCCUGGGGGGUUGCCACGGCUACCACAACCCCUGCGUGGUGGACUACCUGCUGGAGAACAUCGGCGUCAGUGACGUCCAUCCUCCGUCCAUGAUGCGAGGCCUCCAAAGUCAGCUGUUUGCAAAAGAAGAUUUUGCGUCCGUCAUCCGGAAGAAGCAGUCGGCAUCCUGGGCCUUGAAAUGUGUCAAGGCAGGUGUGGGCCACUUCAAGCAGGGUCGCCACGUGGAAGCCAUGAAUGAGUACAACAAAGCUUUGGACAUCGACACCAAUAACGUGGAAGCGCUGGUGGCGCGCGGCGCUCUGUAUGCAAACAAAGGCGUGAUCCUGAAGGCCAUAUCGGACUUCGAAUUGGCGCUGGAGACGUGCCCGGAUCACCGCAAUGCCAAGAAGUACCUUUGCCAAACACUGGUUGAGAGAGGAAAACAACUCGAGGAACAAGAGAAGCUGGUGACGGCGGAAGGCGUGUACAGGCGAGCGCUUUCUCUGGAUGACGCAAACCCCGAGGCUCAGGAGGCCUUGAGGAAAAUCACCGAGACCAUACAGAAUUCCAUUCGCCUGCGGGAAGAAGCGCUGGCGAAGGAAGAGGAAGAGAAAGCCAAAAGCAGUCAGAGCAGUGCUGAGAAAUUGCGUAAGCUCUUAAAAGAGGAGAAGAGGAUGAAAAGAAAACGCAAGAGGUCGACCUCUUCCUCAUCGUCCUCCGCCUCGUCGUCGUCCUCGCGCAGGAGAGCCAAAAAAAAGAAAAAGAAAAAGAGGAAGUCGGCGCGAGGAAGCAAGCGCCGCGCCAGCAGGCGCAGGAGCGACGAGGGAAAGCGCGGCAGGAAGAGGAAGGAAGACGACGAGGAGGACGAUUGGUACCCGGCACCUCCUGACACCUCCGCCACCUUUCUCGACCAAAAGACGUGGGAGGCGUUCGGGGCCACCGAUGAGGAGGAGGAUGUGGGGGGGCCCAGCACCAAGCCCAAAGAUGCCAACGGCCCGAGGAUCUGUCUCUAUUCUUUGUCGCCGUCCUCAGAAGACGACGACGUCUGCGAGUGGCCGUCGCACCCCGCCAGGGAACCCAAGGAGAGCCCGCAAAGGAGCCGGCAAAGUAGGAGCGCAAGUUCAGGCGCAGAAGAAGACGGCAGGAACAGGAGCAGCGAAAGACGGACGGCCGAUCAAAGAAGUUGCGUCGAUGAGAGGAAGCGCAGAGUUUCCUGCUCCUCGGCCGAUUCGGCGUAUUGCAGAAAAUUAGGGCCGGGGAAAGAUUUUUCCAAAGAUCCGUCGGAGAGCGACCUCGGCCAAGGAAAAGCUGCAGAAGGGCAAGCCGGUUGGAGCCAGUCGGACCAGGCCCGAGUCCCAGCGGAGCAGGAGGAAGAGAUCUCGCUCCCGCAAGGAAGGUCCAAAGAAGACCUUCCGGCAAACCUCUUGGACAUCUUUCAGCAGAUUGCCAAGUUUCAGAAGGAGAAAGGCAUCGGAGCCAAAAAGGCGGCAAAUUCCAUUUGAAAGGAAAGAAUUGGAAGAAUUGCUCGCAAUUGGUUGCCGUUGAAGAAGCCCCCGUCAAAGACGCCAAACCCGAGCGCACGCCCAUAAACCUUCCGAUUGGUGAAUCUCUCAAAGAAAAACAAUCGGGGCGGUUCUCCAAAAGUAGGAUCCAGAGUCAAAUUCGUUUUUUUUUUUUUUAUGGUCAAUCAAAUGAGAUGAUGGAAUGUAGUUUUCACACUCGUUCUUUGCGCGUGAUUCCAUAUCGUUUCGCUGCGCGCAUUUCAAGAUUUUGCGAAGCCAACGGCUAAUAAGUUGCCGUGUCCACGUGAUCCUCAAACGGAACGACAUGUAACAUGACGUCCAUGAAUCACCAUUCAGAGGUCAAGUGUUUAAAAAAAAAAACUUUAUUAUUUUGUAACUUGAGUGUCGGUGCUCUGGUACCGAGCGCUCCGAGAUC